AUGGCGUGUGCGCUGCAGGGCUGGAGCAAAGUGAUAGCGGCCCUCUUUGUGACCGCCGCCACAUACAACCAGCUGCACGUGGGGCAGGGCGGACUGGUGGGCGCCCUGCUGAGCGCGGCGGGCGGCGGCGGGGCCGAGCAGCUGGCGCAGGGCCAGCUGCCGGCGGGGCAGCUGCCGCCGGGGCAGCGCCACCUGGCGGCCGCGCCGUACUACCGGCUGUGGGGGGUGGCGGGAGAAAACUUCACGGAGCAGGGUCCCUUCAUGGACUUCAGCUUCGCAGGCUACCGCCACAACAACGAGGUGCCGCCCUCCCCGCCCGCCACCCGCUCCCUGCGCGACUUCCGCGCGGGGCAGGCGGGGCGGCGGCGCAGCGACAGCGAGGCCCUGCUGGCAAUGGUGGGCUGGGCCAACCGGCAGCCGCUGGACGCAGGCUGGCUGGUGCUCUCCAUCCCGCGCGGCACCUUCCGCCUCGAGGCCCCCCUCACCAUCACCCGCCCCAGGACGGUGCUGCGCGGCGCGGGCAGCGCCCGCACCAAGCUCUACGUGCCCCGCAGCCUCAUGCAGCUGUACGGCCCCACCAACGAGACCAACAACGGCUUCUACGUGUGGACGGGCGCCUUUAUCAGCCUGGAGGGCACCGGCAUCAAGCGCACACACCUGGCGCACGUGGCGGCGCCGGCGCCCCGAGGCUCGCACAAGCUGCGGGUGGACAGCGCCGCCGCCAUCCGACCAGGCGACAUGGUCACUCUGGAGCUGUUUGCCAACGGCGGGCCCCAGCUGCAGGAGGAGCUGCUGAACCACAAGCUGCAGGCCAGCAAGCGCUUCCGGGACAAGUCCAUCCGCUUCUCCAGCCGCGUGUGGGGCGUGAGCGGGCGGGUGGUCACCCUGGAGCGGGCGCUGCCGCUGGAUGUGGCGCCCGAGUUUGGCCCAGUGCUGACGUUCCGGCAGCCGCGGCUGUAUGAUGCGGGGGUGGAGGGGCUUACGCUAGCAUUCCGCUGGGAGGCAUACGGGGGGCACCAUCUGGAGCACGGGUGGAGCGGCAUCGAGGUGUCGCGCGCCUCGGACUGUUGGGUGAGGGACGUGGCGUUUGUGAAUGCCGACAACGGCGUGCUGGUGGAUGGCGCAGACCGCGUGACCCUGCGGGGCCUGCAGCUGUCGGUGACCCGCUCCCGCGCCGGCGGGCCCGAGGGGAAGGAGGGGCACUGGGGCGUGCGCGUGGGCCGCAGCGCCGACAUCCGCGUCACCGACUUUGCCAUCGCCCAGCGCACCGUGCACAGCGUGGGGGCCGACACCCUGGGCCAGCUGUCGGUGAUUGAGCGGGGCGUGAUGAGGCAGGGCAACCUGGAGCUGCACAGGGCCCUGGCAGCCCAGUGCCUGUUCACGGACAUCCACCUGGGCAACGCCAGCGGCGGCGCGUACGCCGGCGGCGGCUUCUACUCUGGUGGCCCGCCCGCCUCCGGCCCCAACACCGGCGCCUGGACCGUGUUCUGGAACAUCCGCAGCAACAGCGGGGUGCUGCCGCUGCCGCAGCACAACAAGGGGCGGCCCGGGGCGUGCACCUUUGGUCCAGACCUGACGUUUGUGGGGGUGAACUUUGAUGCGGUACAGCUGGCGCGGUACGGCCUGUGCCAGGACUGGUACUACCAGCCCGGGGAGAUUUCCCCGCCAAACCUGUUUUGGUCGCAGCUGCAGCUGCGCCGCCACCUGCUGGCGAAGCUCAAGGUGGAAGGGGAGCGGGGCGCCUGGACCGUCACCCAGCCCCUGCACAUCACCAUCGUCGACGACCCGCCGGCCCCAUCAGCAGCCCCGUCGCAGCAGCAAGAUCAGCAGCAGCAGCAGCAGCAGCAGCAGCAGCGUGCGCCUGGCGCCCCGCAGGCGCAGCUGCUGGGCGGCGGCCUGGAGGCCACCGCCACGGCAUGA